GUUUCUUACGGACUUUUCUUGCCGCCGGACUGCUUCCGGUUCCUUUUGGGCUCAGUUCCGGUGUGGUGCGGUCUCGUGUGUGAGCGGUUUUAGUGAAACAUGGCUUUGGGGUUUGAGCAGAUGCGCGCAAAUGUCGCGAAACUUUUAAGAGGAAUAGACAGGUAUAAUCCGGAGAAUUUGUCCACACUGGAGCGCUACGUCGAGACUCAGGCGAGAGAAAACGCCUACGACCUCGAGGCCAACCUCGCUGUUCUCAAACUGUACCAGUUUAACCCUGCCUAUUUCCAGACCAGUGUGACGUCACAGAUCCUGCUGAAGGCUUUAACAAACCUCCCACACACUGACUUCACUCUGUGCAAGUGUAUGAUCGACCAACCGCAUCAGGAGGAACGACCAAUCAGACAAAUCCUUUACCUUGGAAACCUGCUGGAAACCUGCCACUUUCAAAGCUUCUGGGCGAGUCUGGAGGAGAACAGGGAGCUGAUUGACGGCAUCACUGGCUUUGAGGACUCUGUUCGUAAAUUUAUCUGCCAUGUUGUAGGAAUCACAUAUCAGACCAUUGAACAUCGACUGUUAGCUGAGAUGUUAGGAGAUCCACUCGACACACAGGUGAAGGUGUGGAUGAAUAAAUACGGAUGGUUGGAGGAUGAUGAUGGUCGGAUCUUCAUCUAUAAUCAGGAAGAGAGCGUUAAACCCAAAAACAUUGUGGAGAAGAUCGACUUUGAGAGUGUGUCCAGUAUAAUGGCAACAUCACAGUAAAACACACACGCGUGCGUGCACGCACACACACACACACACGCACACACACACACACACACGCACACAUUUCAUGUCACUAAGGUGUGUGCUGUAAUCUGUGAAAUGAAGGGGUCAGAGAAGGAGGCUAUAAACUCCGCCCCCUCACUGCUCUCUGCUUGUUUCUGAUUGGCUAAAAUAAGAUGGUUGAGUUGUGCUGACAAAAUGUUCAUCCUCCUCUUUGUCUCAGCUACACACAUGCGCGCGCACACACACACAGGCGCACACUAAACACAACUCAUUUUUAAAUGUAGUAUGAAUUUUUUAAACUGUGUGUGUGUGUAGAAAUUGUUGAUGGAAAUGCGAAGAUGACCCUCGGCAUGAUCUGGACCAUCAUCCUUCGCUUUGCCAUU